AUGUCGAGCGAUGCCCUGAGACUCCUCGCUUCUACGGCUCUGCUAGCCAUUUUCCAUUCCGCAGGGUUUUCUACUCCAAUCACAUCGGCCGAGCUCUUGCUGAAAGUCAUCGCGUAUAAACCUCCAGCGGGUCUAUUUCCCUCAGCUGCCCCAGUGCCGCGGUUUCGUUUACUGGACCAAGCGAAACUCGAUGCUAUCCUCGAAGAAUUCGCUAAAGACUGGCAACAUGGAUUCAUAUCGUUAUUAAAGGAACACAACGAGACGGUGGUAAUGGAUGUGAGGCUGAGCAAGGAUCGACUGCCGCUUGAGCGCAAACGGAAGCGCGUGGUUGACGAGGACGCCGAUUCUGCCGCUGGAGAUGAUCCAGAGGACCAAGGGGACGACGGUGUGCAACAGACGUCCACGCUCGACACGCUGAACAAGGAGCUGAAGGAGGUGUACUACAUUCUACAGAAGAGCACAACCAAAGGCCGAUUACUGGCUGAACAGUUUCGAUCUCCAGACGAGAGCUUCGAGCCCAUUUGUCCGCAUAUCACCAAGGAGGACUGCGCUAAAUCCCGCCAUACUGGCGGUUCAUUCCCCUCCAGCACAAAUAGUAUCUGUGACUUGAUUCACUUUCGACCUCUCAUCCGAGCUCACACUGAUCCAUCUCUCGGGCAUUGCUCGUAUCUCAACACAUGUUAUUCUGAGCCAACUUACGCACAGUCUCCAUCUAUCCCACCGUUUCCUGGAUCAGCGCACAGUCACGGACAAGCCCCGCCAAACUCUCGCGUCCCAACUUCGCUUCCUUCCGGUCUGGGUGCUGGAGGAAGGGGAAAAGAGAAAGCGCCUUGUAGGUAUUUGCAUUACGAAGUAGAUUGGGACGAAGGGGAUGGUGAUAGUACACGAAGUCCAAGUUCGAAGAGCAAGGCUGUUGUCAAGCGGCCCCACCGGCUUGAAGUUGGCUUGGGCCCAGAUGGGAUGUCGAAACGAGUGUUUCCACCUCAGUGGAUAAAUUGCGACAUUCGCAAGUUUGACUAUUCGGUCCUGGGCAAGUUCCAUGUCAUCAUGGCAGAUCCGCCCUGGGAUAUCCACAUGAGUCUGCCCUAUGGCACUAUGACCGACGACGAGAUGCGAGCAAUGCCCAUACCGGCACUGCAGGACGAGGGUGUUUUGUUCCUUUGGGUUACUGGCCGUGCCAUGGAAGUGGGCAGGGAGUGCUUGCGAGUAUGGGGGUACACUCGCGUGGACGAAGUCGUCUGGGUGAAAACAAAUCAACUUCAACGUGUUAUACGAACGGGUCGGACGGGUCACUGGCUCAAUCAUACCAAAGAGCACAUGCUUGUUGGCGUGAAGACGCACACAGAUGCUUCCGGUGCACUGAAGUUCCCUUCUUGGGUCAACCGCGGGCUUGAUACAGACGUCAUUGUAUCCGAGGUACGGGAGACGAGUCGAAAGCCCGAUGAGGCCUACGGCUUAAUUGAGAGAAUGUGCCCUGGCGGUCGGAAAAUUGAGAUAUUCGGUAGAAAACACAACGCUAGGCCUGGAUGGCUAACGCUAGGAAAUCAAUUGGGAGGUGACCAGAUUUAUGAGGAGGAUUUAGCUGCUAGAAUCAAAGCGAGGUAUCCCGAACGGAACAUCAAUGUCAUGUCGCAGCCUGGCUCAUAG